CUCAGCACCGGAAGCGGCCGAGCGGGCCAUGGAGGAAGGUCCCGCCGUCGGAACCCUGUCUCGAGAGGCCUCGGCCGAGGAGGCCGAGCCGCUGGGCGCCGCGUGGAGCGGGGACAGCGGCCACGUCUCGCAGAGCCAGAGCAGCGCGUCCGGGCCGUGGGACGAUGACGGCCCCGAGGACGCGCCGGGCCGCGACCUGCCGCUGCUGCGCCGCGCCGCCUCGGGCUACGCCUCCAGCCUGCUGCCCGGCGCGGGCCCGAGGCCCGAAGUGGAGGCGCUGGACGCCGGCCUGGAGGAGCUGCUGGCCAGGGUGGACGAGUUCGUGGGCAUGCUGGACAUGAUCCGCGGGGACUCGUCGUACGUGGUGGGCGAGGGCGUGCCCCGGAUCCACGCCAAGGCGGCCGAGAUGAGGCGCAUCUACGGCCGGAUCGACAAGCUGGAGGCCUUCGUGCGGAUGAUCGCGAGCAGCGUGGCCCGGAUGGAGGAGCAGGUCGCCGAGGCCGAAGCCGAGCUGGGGACCUUCCCGCGGGCCUUCCGGAGGCUGCUGCACACCAUCAGCGUCCCCGCUCUCUUCAGGUCGGCGCCCAGCGGGCCCCAGCGCGCGGCGUACGAGCCGCCAGUCCUGUUUCGGACCGAGGACCACUUCCCUGGCUGCGGCGACAGACCGCAGCUCUGAGCGUGCGCGCCUCCACCGCAGGAGGACUCCAGCGUGACUCUUCGACCCCGAGUGUUAAGAAAUCCUGUGAACUGGCGUACCGUGACGCCGGGAUGUGAAAGGUUAAAGUUUAUUUUCUGCAAACGACUUGGCAUCGUCAGUAUUCGAUGCCAAGAGUGUAGGUCCCUAUGUCUUCCAGUUCGGAUUCGAAAGCUCUUUGGCGGGGGCCUGGAGAAGCCAACGGAAUUAAUUUAUCGGUGCAAUACGGCAGAGCUGUUAUUUUUAUGGCCUUUAUUACAGUGAACAGUGUUACCUUGUUAAGAUUUAUAUAUUUAUAUGAUCAAAAGUGCCCAAGAAAUUAAAGCUGUAUUCUUAAAUCCUAACAGUGGUUCAGUUUUCUGUAGCCUUCUGGGAUAGAUGGUAAAUUAUUUCGUAUUAUAUUCAAUUUUCUAUGGCGUAGACGGUAAGCCGAAGGAAAUAAGACAGUUUCUUAAGAUAGCAACCUGGGCGUUUUGUUGCAGAGAGUUCUGAAGUUGUAUUUGACAGUUUGACUCGAAGGUUAGUUUAUCAAAGCAAGCAUAUUAAUGUAUGGUUGUCAGUGUUCUAUUUAUAGCACAGCAAUUAAAAUGUUAAAUUUCUUUGGAAGA